AUGAACUCAAAAGUAAUCCUGGUUUUUGCUCUCUUUGUCCUCGCUGCGUCGUUCUUGCCAGAGAGUGAAGGAUUCACAGCUGGAGGCGGAGGAAACAUUCCUCAUACACAGGGAAGACGAGCACUCGAAGUAGGUUUUUUAAAUGAAUAGUAGUGUUUGAAGCUUACAUUGAGUAUCGCUGGUUAAUAUGGAUUGAUUAUUUCAGUAUACGUUACAGUCGAUUGUAAAUUCUUUUUAUUUAUUAUAAAAUCGAUAGCAUUUCCUUUUGUUUUCGUUUAUGGACACUAUCGCUUCUGUAAGGAAAAGUGUGAGUCAGAAAAAGAUUUUUCUCCUAGAGCAAUUCCAAUAUGACUAAGCAUGGUUAAUAAUGUAAAUGUUGUAGAUGGUGUUGAGUUUUAUGUUUUUACAGAGACAACUUUGUGUUAAUAAGAAUGCUACCAUCAUCAUUAUCAAAGAUCACAAGACGUUGAUAAGUUUUUCCUAUAGAAAAAUGAGUUAUUUUGAACACGAAACAAUUUUAUCUGACGUUUCCUAAAUUUUUAUUUAUAAUGACUUUUAGCUCCUUCAUAUAGCGAAAUAUUUUUUCAAGAUGAAGAAGCCUAACGAGAAGAGAUACCCAGAUGGGAAACUGUUCUCUAGACAUUUUCAACAGCGUUGAUUUUGGAUGAGAAUUGGAGAAUCGUCAACACCAUUAGCGCCACUUAAAAUAGAAGGUUUACCAAAAUUUUGAAGGAAACGAUCUGAUUUGAUGGGAUUCGCAGAUUUCAAUCAUUUUACACUUUUAUUAGAAUUUUAUAGUAAUGUAAUCACUUAUUAAAAGGGUCAUUUAGAGAGAAAUUCAAUUUCAAAUUAUAUUAUAUCACUGCGAAUGAAAAUUGGAUGCUGUCCUACAUUUACCAAACAGUCUGACUUUGUAACUGACGUCAAAAAAAACAGUGCUAUUCAUUGUCUUCACAAAAAAGACCGUUUUAUUUAUUCUAAGCUGGUAAAAGUUCAUGAAGACUUAGUCCCGAUGAAUAAUUCUCGAAGUCUAAAGGAUGAUUUUGACGACUUCAUUUACGUUAAUGAUUCAUUUUUUAUUUAUAUGUGAAGAUAAUCUUUAACAUGUAUAUGCUAUUACCCUCAAGUCAUUAGAUUGAGCAGGAGAAAGUAAAUUGGUUUAAUUGAAACUCAAAAAGAAAACUUUACAAAAAAUCAGCACCUAGGGGUGAUGAUAAGAACUCAAAAGGCUUUUAAGAUUGGUUGACAUCAGUUAGGAAUGAUUGAAAAAAAAAAAAAAAGAGACCUCACGAAGCUUUGUGUUGAAGUUUUUUUUUCGUUUAAGAAGAUUAAAUUCAGUUCUAAUUUCGGUUUUUUCGAUCCAGUUUUGGAUGUGGGAAGAUCAAUGAAAGCACAGUUAGCGAGGAGGAGUGGACGUUUUCCCACUCAUUUUAUGUUCUACGCACAUUAAUAUGCUUUUGACGGCGGUUCAAUUAAAUAUUACAAAAGAUCUCACGUAUUGCCGCCUUUUUUUCAGCACCAACUGGCUGGAAGGGCUUUUUGUCAGACGGCCAGGGAGCACUGCAAGAAGGAGCUCAUUUACAAUGACAAGGAAUGA